AUGAUAGGAAAUAGUGAAGGUUCCUCCUACACACAAACUUACGGACCAACAACAUUUACUGGUUUACCGAAUAAUUGGAAUCAAGGAUCACAGUCUAUUCAACAAUCUCAACAAUCAUCUUAUUAUGAUUCAUCAUAUCAACAUGAACAACAACAUUAUCAACAAUCAAUCAUCGAACAAAAUAAUUAUAAGUUUCCAAUUUUUAAACUUUAUGAUUUCGGUCGAAAUAAUCGAAAUGAUAUAGUACAUUUUAUAUUUUCUUUUGUCGGUAUACCAUUUACUGAAAAACGUAUAAAACAAAAUGAAUGGAAUAGAGUUAAAAAUCUAAUACCUAUUCAACAAUUACCUAUUUUACGUGUUAAUAAACAAUUUAAACUCUAUAAUCUCAAUGUUAUUGUACGUUAUUUAGCACGAGAAUUUAAUUUAUAUGGUACCGGAAAUUAUGAACAUGCUAUUGUUGAUAUUAUUCUUGAAUUAACUCGUCAAUUUCAAGAAAUUUUUUUUGAACAAAUUAAUAAAUCAACUAAUGUUGAACAACAAAAAAUAUUUUUAACUCAAUUUAUUACUGAUCAUGCAACAAAUUAUUUAAAUCAAUUGGAAAAUAGUUAUGAAAUAUUUCAUUAUAAUGGUCCAUUUUAUUUAGGUUCUCAAAUUUCAAUAGCUGAUUUAAUUGUUUAUCAAACAAUUAGUUAUUUAAUUGAUAUUCAACCAAAAUUACUUGAUAAUUAUCCUAAUUUACAAAAAGCACGUUAUUGUUUAGAAAAAUAUCCUCAAUUAACUAAUUAUCUAAAUAAAAAACAUUUUAAAAUCAAACAAAAACGUCAUGCAACUGUACCACCAACAUUACGUCAAGUAAAUCAUCAUCAACGACAUCGAUCCUAUGAUGAAAAUAAAUCUUCUCAUUAUCAUCAUCGUCAAAAAUCAAAUGAACCAACAACACCAUUACAAAUAAAAGGAGAACCAAAAUCAUCUAAUAAUCAAUCAAUUGAAAAACGUCCAACACGUUCAGUACAAAUCAUAAUGGAACCAAAAUCACGUAGUUCUCGAUCGACUGAAAAAAAUUCAAUGACUCCAUUACAAAUAAAAGAAGAACUAAAACUAGCUAAUAUUCAGUCGAAUGAAAAAUAUUCAAUACCUCCAAUGCAAGUAAACAAAGAACCAAAAUUAUUUAAUACUCAAUCGAUUGAUAAUAGUACAACACAUUCUUUAUUAACAACACAAGAAUCAAAUAUAUCUAGUAUUCAAUCACAAGAAAAAGAACCAAUAUCUUCUUCACAAAUAAUUGAUGUCAUACCAUCAUCAUUAGAUGUUGUUGAAGAAAAAUUUCCAUCAGCUGCUAAUUAA